GCUUCGGCAAGAGGGUUCCUGCGUUAAAACGAUAGGACUUAACUAAUGACCGAGUCCGAUAUCUUUGUCAUUGAAAAACCAGACUCGGCGCCAUUGACACGACAGGGCCUCCAGGCGAGGAGUUCAUUCAUUCAUAAUAAAUAUAUGUAGUACAAUUAGGAACGACUUCUAGGGUUCAUUAGAGCGCUUAUUAACUACUUAAUUCGAAGUUCUUCGUCUUUUGCAAAGCUUGCAUUGAUUUCUCUUGAUUAUAGAUUGGUGGAGUACGACCAGCUGCAUAGAAAAGAUGCGUGUGACUAUUCGUUAUGAUGGCGAGAAUGCCUUGGUCAUUCGCGUCACGCUGCCAGAGAGCAAGACGAAGGAGAUGACUGCUAGGAAACUGGUCCAACUGUUCGCCAAGCAGUACGACAAAAAGUUCGCAACGGAGUUAGCAGUGGCAGAGCACUACCUCAAGGUAGUCGGCGGUGGCAGCCUUCGCGAUGAGCAAUUAUUGGCCGAUCACCUGCCGGCCGAGGGCGGGGAGGUAAAUAUACUUCCAAAUGACAAGUCAACCGCGUCUUCAGCAGGAGGAGCCGCGACUUCUUUUUCAGCAGGCCAUGCCGCUGCCGCGAAUGGAAAUUCAACGAUGCCAGCAGCCUCUGACGUAAAAUCUAGCGCAGAUCCAGCUAGCACUAAGUUGAGAAUAAGCGCAGCAGUUGCGGGGCCCACAGCAGGAGCAUCAUCUUCGACCUUGACAGCGGCGGAACAGGAACGAAAAGCUGCCCAGGAAGCAGGGAAAUUGCGUUGCAAAAAUUUUGGCUGCAACAAAUAUUUCUUAGAAAGCGAAAAUCAUGAUGGCGCUUGCAGACAUCACAAAUCUGCUCCGAUAUUUCAUGAGACGGCGAAGUGGUGGUCUUGCUGCCCAAAUACCAAGGCCUACGACUGGGACGAGUUCCAGAAGGUACUAAAGAAUAGAUACUUCUGUAGUUGGAAAAAAGAAAAUUCAAUGUGGUUUUCGUAGGAAGCAUGCAGAAUUUCAGAAAUUUUGCAGAAUCUGGAUUACUGAAGCAAGGGUAUAUUAGAAUCGUACUACUACUUACUCUCUAUGCAUAAGCAGCCACCUUUUCACAAAACAAUCUAACGUUAUCGCUAUCUACCCUGAUUUCAUCUUCUUAAGAUACCGGGAUGUCAAUGGGGACGACACUCCAACGUAGCAGCGAAAAAGCAAGUGCUUGGUGGUGUUGAUUUGCGAGAAGCGAAUGCACCUCAGAGAAUAGAUGAUGGUCCGAUGGAGCCCAGGAAAAAGGUACAAUGCUAGUAUUUUCUUACUCGGACUUCUUCUGCAACCUACAGCCUCGUCUUCAUUUUCAUUCUUGGAGGAUAUUAAAACUUUGAUAUUUUUCAAAAUGAUGUGUCUACGCACGCCGACGAUGACCCUAGUACUACAAGUUCUACGAGCAACAUUUUUCCGCUCUUUGUCUUAUUUUUUGUAUUUUCCUUUCAUGUAUUUUCUAUCUGUUGACACGAAUCAGCUCGACCUUUUGCGCAAGGGAAUGUCGGUAUGUGGGGUGGCCGAGGAUAUUUUUGACAAGGCAUGGGGCCGAUGUAUGGUGAAAUGUGGCGGUUCGCUUGAUGCUGUUGUGGAUCGAAUGGCACAAGCUUGCGAACAGGCUCUAGUCAGCGUACAAAGCGACGAUGUGAACGGAAUGGAUUGAUAAAGGCUUUUAGACGAUUAGACGAUGAUGUUGUUCAUAAACUUUAUGUCCGAAGUUGUCCGCAGCACCUGACUUUUUUUUUCAAGCACCUUGGGCACGCCUGUUAGUUUUGCCUUCGAUCCUCUUGAAACUGAAUUGUCAACAGCCUCUUGCUUCACUACCUACUCCGACUUCCACUAUAUAUAAUUUACCAGCGACUGCAGUAUAAGAGGAUAUCCCAACACCUUGGAAAUGCAAUAAGAAUAUAUUCCAUUACUUCUACCUAAAAUAUAAACGGAUCCUAAAAUAAACGUGGCCACUAAGAUUUAUUUAGAUAUUUGGAAUACUUGACUUUUUUUCGGUCUUUUGCUUUCUAGUUAGGUGUGCUCCACCGAUAUACUCCAUUACUUCUACCUAUAACCCGGUCUUCUCUUAGAUGAAUAUCCAUGACCAGCCCCAGCGCCAGGAAGAAACUCCUCACUCGUAUGCCUUUGAAGACGUGCUUUCAGUAAAUUUGCGCAAUUUCACCAGCGACAUUGUUCGCUCGCGCAUGAUUGUCACGACAUGUUAAGCAGCUUCAUAUUUCCUACAUUCUUAUUUUCAACAAGAAUGAAGAAAGCUCGCGGAUAGACACUUUAUUCCUACGGCGCGCGUGAUUGUCAAUCGGAG